AUGGCUGUUACAAAGGGAGACCGGAUGCGAAAGAAGAAGGCGACUGUGGAACCUACAGAGGCGUUCAAAGCUUUUGAGAGGGCGAGACAGGAGGCCAUAGAAGCUGUGGCAGAAGACGAGUUGAACAACAAAUUGAAGAAGCAAAGAAUGGCUGAACUGGAGAGCUUGAGAAGGAAACUGCAGAAGUCUGAAGAAAAGAAUAGUACAACAUCGGAUGAUUCUACAACAACACCAGGUGAGAUGACGACUCCCAGCAAUGAGAGUUCAGAUGAAACAAUGUCAAAGAAGAAUGAGCCAGAACAGCAGGAUGCAAAGCAGGAGAAACCCAAGAAGAAGAGUACAGGACAGAAGCAGCCUGCUGCAUCGAAGACAAUCCCUGGUGACAAGACCACCACCAGCCCAUUGAGUGCACAUGCAUCUGCAGACCAGACAGAGGCCAACAAGAAGUCCAAGGAGAAGGCAGAGGAAAAGCAGCAGAAACGCAAGGAGAAGCAGGCGAAGAUCGAAGAUGUGAAGCCAACAGAAGCGAAAGAGCCAAAGCAGAAGGAUGCAGAAGAGGAGAAACCCAAGAAGAAGAGCAAAGGACAGAAGCAGCCUGCUGAUUCCACCCCAGGUGACAAGACCACCACCAGCCCCUUGAGCUCACAUGCAUCUGCAGACCAGACAGAGGCCAACAAGAAGUCCAAGGAGAAGGCAGAGGAAAAGCAGCAGAAACGCAAGGAGAAGCAGGCGAAGAUCGAAGAUGUGAAGCCAACAGAAGCGAAAGAGCCAAAGCAGAAGGAUGCAGAAGAGGAGAAACCCAAGAAGAAGAGCAAAGGACAGAAGCAGCCUGCUGAUUCCACCCCAGGUGACAAGACCACCACCAGCCCCUUGAGCUCACAUGCAUCUGCAGACCAGACAGAGGCCAACAAGAAGUCCAAGGAGAAGGCAGAGGAAAAGCAGCAGAAACGCAAGGAGAAGCAGGCGAAGAUCGAAGAUGUGAAGCCAACAGAAGCGAAAGAGCCAAAGCAGAAGGAUGCAGAAGAGGAGAAACCCAAGAAGAAGAGCAAAGGACAGAAGCAGCCUGCUGAUUCCACCCCAGGUGACAAGACCACCACCAGCCCCUUGAGCUCACAUGCAUCUGCAGACCAGACAGAGGCCAACAAGAAGUCCAAGGAGAAGGCAGAGGAAAAGCAGCAGAAACGCAAGGAGAAGCAGGCGAAGAUCGAAGAUGUGAAGCCAACAGAAGCGAAAGAGCCAAAGCAGAAGGAUGCAGAAGAGGAGAAACCCAAGAAGAAGAGCAAAGGACAGAAGCAGCCUGCUGAUUCCACCCCAGGUGACAAGACCACCACCAGCCCCUUGAGCUCACAUGCAUCUGCAGACCAGACAGAGGCCAACAAGAAGUCCAAGGAGAAGGCAGAGGAAAAGCAGCAGAAACGCAAGGAGAAGCAGGCGAAGAUGGAAGAUGUGAAGCCAACAGAAGCGAAAGAGACAAAGCAGAAGGAUGCAGAGGAGGAGAAACCCAAGAAGAAGAGCAAAGGACAGAAGCAGCCUGCUGAUUCCACCCCAGGUGACAAGACCACCACCAGCCCCUCGAGCUCACAUGCAUCUCCAGACCAGACGGAGGCUGACAAGAAGUCCAAGGAGAAGGCAGAGGAAAAGCAGCAGAAACGCAAGGAGAAGCAGGCGAAGAUGGAAGAUGUGAAGCCAACAGAAGCGAAGGAGACAAAGCAGAAGGAUGCAGAGGAGGAGAAACCCAAGAAGAAGAGCAAAGGACAGAAGCAGCCUGCUGAUUCCACCCCAGGUGACAAGACCACCACCAGCCCCUCGAGCUCACAUGCAUCUCCAGACCAGACGGAGGCUGACAAGAAGUCCAAGGAGAAGGCAGAGGAAAAGCAGCAGAAACGCAAGGAGAAGCAGGCGAAGAUGGAAGAUGUGAAGCCAACAGAAGCGAAAGAGACAAAGCAGAAGGAUGCAGAGGAGGAGAGACCCAAGAAGAAGAGCAAAGGACAGAAGCAGCCUGCUGAUUCCACCCCAGGUGACAAGACCACCACCAGCAGAUCGAGCUCACAUGCAUCUCCAGACCAGACGGAGGCUGACAAGAAGUCCAAGGAGAAGGCAGAGGAAAAGCAGAAGAAAGAUAAGACAGGCGAAGAGAAGCAGGCCCAGAAGGAUGCGAAGCCACAAGACGACAUGCUGCUGGACAAGAAGACUCAACUGACUGAACAGGACAAAGAAUUUGCUAGAUUGGAUGGACAAUGGAAGCCAUUGCCACCAGUUACUUGGACAGAUCGUUUUUUGACUCUGUCUGCAAAGGAUUUGGCUGAAAAAGUUGAGAAAGCCAAACAGCAUGCAGAGUUUAGCGAAUUCAGGAAGUUGACAGGUUUGAAACGGAAGGCAUUUGGGAAGGAGAGCCCAGUGGCACACCUUGCAAGCUUCUAUCACUGGCUCUGCACGGGGGAGUAUACACAAACAGCUAACACAGAAGCAGCACAGAGUGGAACCACGUCCGACAAUGGACCUGAGAAAAAACGAAAGACAGAGAACAAAAAAGUGUUGGAUGAGGAUUCAAAGAAAGCGAAGACUGCAGACCCUAAGGAUGAGGUUUCCAACAAGAGGAAGGCCAUUGAUGAUCUUGGACCCCAAGCUUCAAAGCCAAAGAUUGAGGAUCAACCACUGAAAAAAAUGGAGAGCAAGGAGAAGGCCAAAAUCCAAGCGAUGCAGAAACCAUCGGACAUGGAAUACUCGGAGCGCAAACGCCAGUAUGCUGCUCUUCGAAGAGCGAUCAUCAAAGAGGCUUCUCCAGAGCUGGUGGCAAAAUUUAGCUUAGCGAAUGACAAGGAGUUUUCCAUGCUGAAAGCAUGGGUGCAAAAUCAGUCUCUGGGUGACAUCGAGAUCGAAGAACGAUAUCGUGUUUGGGUUGCCAAUCUCCGCACGGAUCGCUAUGUGACAAUUCUACAGCUUGAGAAACUCUAUGGAAAGAGUGCGGAGAGCAAGGCAUUCAUCGCUGAGUUGACCAAAGGCCUGGAUUGGUGGGAUGUUCACUUCGAAAUCAAACUUCCUUUUUUGCCUGAGGCAUCCUUGUCAGGGCGGGUCAAGGACGCUGCUGCAAAAGGAAUGCUGAGUAAGCAGCUGGGGGGAUUGACUGGGGAUGUUGCAUUCCUAGAUCAAGCCACGGGAGUGAUCAAAAGCAAGAAACCAAAAAAAGAAAAGACACCAGAGCAAGAGGCUCUGGCUGAAAUGAAGAAACUGCAGAAGAAGUGGAAAGUGAUCUGGAACAACCUCCACCAGUGCAUCGAAGAGCUUGGAGCUCAUGCAGUCAGGAACUCCUCUGAACUUGUAAGUGUCACAACUUUGGUGAAGUUUCUACGAGUUCUUCGAAAGCGUAUCCCUGGACGGCAUCUUCCGAUUUGUGGUGAAUACUUUGGGGUACUUGUAGCGUUGAAAGGAGACCAAAAGUACCUUCAGCGAACUCUGAAACUGAACACCUCUGGGGCCCUCAUUGAGCUCACUGAAGAUGAGACGAUAUGGCAGGGCGACACCCAGGAUGAACGACUACGACAAGCCUAUGUCCAGUUUACUGCCGAGUGUCGACAACACCGUGUGCGUCACUUGGUGGCAUCUGGUUGUGCAUUAGUGCGCGCGCUGCAAGGUGCAACAACUCAAGAUCUCAACACACAUCAACAUGUUUUUUUUUGA